AUGAUUUUAAAAAAAAGUAUCAAAAUUAAAUAAUUAUAAUAAUUAAUCCAAUCAUAAAAUUAAUAAAAAAUGAAAAAUAAAAUUGAAUUUUAUAGUGCAUAAGAAAUAAAUUAGAGCGACUUCUAAAAUCUGAUUGAUAUUUCAGUGUACAUUCUGAAUAGUAAAGGUAUAUCGUCACUUAUUAAUAGCUUAAAACUGUGUUCUAAAUUGAUGAUUUUAGAAUUAAGCUUAAACAAUUGCAUUAUUGAAGAAAAGUAGUCAGAAAAAUUAGGAUUAGCUUUAACAAAAAUGGAAAAUCUUAAGUUUCUUACUUUAUUAUUUUGUUUUAGCGAAUUUAAUGAUUUCUCCUUUAUUGCCUUAGCAAAAGAACUUUUACAUAAGAAGAAUUUAAAUUCUCUUAAGUUAUAAUUGAGUAACACUUUAAUAACAAACUAAAGUAUGUCUUAUCUUAGAUUAAACUUGCACUAAUUUAGCGAUUUAAAAGACUUAGAAUUAAAUAUAAGUAAAACUUAAGUAAAAGAAUUAGAUUUUUCUGGUUUAAUAGAAGGAAUUAUAAAUUUAAGUUUAGAAUCAUUUAGUCUUAAUACAGAAUCAACAUCAAUGAUAGCUGAAAUUGAAAAUAAAAUGGAUUAGGGUAUAAGUUAUCCUGUUUUUACAUCUUUAGUCAAACUAAAAUUUGAAUUUGAAUAAACAAAAUUAGCUAAAGAGACAUUUGAAAGCAUUUGCAAUUUUAUUAGAUUAGCUAAAAAUUUAAAAGAUUUGUAUUUAAAUUUAAUUAAUAAUUAGAUCGAUAGUCUACAUUUGUUUUGCUUAACUGAGUCAGUAGAUCAAAAAUAAGAUUUACAUUCAUUAAGUCUUUUGUUGAACAAAAAUAAACUAAAGGGGCAAGACUUUUUCAGAUUAUUCAUAGAAUUAGGAAAGUGUUAGUGCUUAAAAAAUUUUAAUAUUUCAUUACUUGAGAAUCAAAUAAGUGUUUAAGAAGAGAUGCAAAUAGUAGAAAAUCUUAGAAAUAGCUUAAAUUUAAAUAUGUUGAUUCUAAAUAUAAGAGAAUAUUCUAUUGAUAAUGAAGAUCACAUUUAGAAUAGUUUGCUAAGAAAUCAUUUGCGAAAAAUAAGAAAUUUAGUCAAAUUUAAUUAUAACUUUUAUUGA